AUGUCGACACUCAAAUACCGACACUUGGGCCGGGACUCGGCCCACCGCCGCGCCCUGCUUCGUAACCUAGUGACCUCGCUGAUCGCCAACGAAUCCAUCUCCACGAGCUGGCACAAGGCGAAAGAAGCGCAACGGCUGGCCGAGAAGCUCAUCACACUGGGGAAAAAGAACACGGGGGCCGCGCGGGAACGCGCCAAGACCAUCUUCUUCGAGCCCGAGCGGGAAGGCCACAUGGACAAAUUGUUCGGCGAGUUGAGGGAACGCUACGCGAAUCGCCCCGGCGGUUAUACGAGGGUGUUGAGGCAGGAGCCGAUCCGGGAGGAUCAGGCGCCCUCGGCGAUUCUGUCGCUGGUGGAUGGGCCGAGGGAUAUGCGGUUCAGCAUGACCGCGAAGGCCCUCGUCAGACAGCGGAGAGAGAGCCUCGACAUGAACGAGAUGAUGGCCGCCAAUAUCCGCAAAGUCACGAGGUUUCGGAUCGACGGGGAGAAGGCGCUGGAAGAGGAAGUGGGCAGGUUAGAGAGAGAUCAGGAGGAGCAGACAGAAAAGGAGCGAAAGGAAUUUGAAGAGGAUGGCACCAUGUACGAGUGGGUGAGGGGGGAGAAGGAUCGUCCGAGCGAGAUCAAAUCCAAAGAGAAGAAGGGUCCGGGACGGCUGAGGAGGCAGAGGGUCGGUGAGGACAAGGCCGUCCCUUGA